AUGCCCAACACAAUCACAGAGGAGAACCUCAUGAAGAUGAUCGCAGACGGCCGAGGAAAGAAGCUUGUGGUCAAGUCCUGUAGCAAGGGGAGGCUGCAGGGCAAGGUCAAGCUGAAGCUCCGCACAGCGAAGUAUCUUUACACCCUGACGGUUCCCAAUGCUGACGAUGCAAAGAGUAUUGUGAAGGGUUGCAAGGAUAAGGUGGAGGUGCAAUAUGUCAACGACUCGGAGUAA